AUGAAACGAAGAAAAGCCGAAUUAACCGAGCAACUAACGAAAACUCAACAAGAACUUAAAACCGAGAAAGAAGCUCACGAGCAAACUAAAAAUACCCAACCCUCAUUCUUAAAAACUCUUGCUACUUACGGCUUUCUGCCUUCGGUCCUGGGAAAUUUACUCCUG